AUGUGCAGAAUGGAAGACCCGAUUGAGCUCAUUUUAUGUCAUGGAGGAUAUAUGGAUAUGACAGGGGCUGUUCCAAAGUAUGUUGGAGGUGAUGAAGCUGUGGUGAACAUGGUUGUCGAUGUAUUGUCCUAUUUCGAGCUAACAAAGACUCUAAUUGAAGAUUUAGAGUAUGUCUCCGUGGAAAGGCUUUGGUACUUGACUCCGGGUAAAAGUAUGGCCACUGGAUUGCACGAAAUUCAUUCAGACGCGGAGGUUAUGAAUGGAUUACUCCCAUGUGUAGCUAAAGGACAGGUGAGGGUCUACUUUGAAGCAACAAAAGACUUGGUUGAUGAUGGAUUUAUGGGUGACAACUACGGCCAUGAGCAUGAUGGUUCUGAUGAGGAUGGUGAAAACUCGGCUGUACCUGAGUUUGUUCGAGUAGGGGAAGAAGAUGAUGCCCAAACAUCUGAUGAAGAGUACCAUGAAAUCAGGCAGAAGGUUCGGAACAGGAGACAGAAAUAUAGAGCUCAGAUUCAGGAUUCUGGUGAGGAGGUUGAUCAAGUGGUAUUGGAGGAGGAUGAGGGCAGUGAGGGCAGUGAGGGCAGUGAGAAUGGAGGGCAGAAUGAGCCUGGAAGUGAAGAGCAGAAUGUGGGCAGUGGGAAUGGAGGGCAGAAUGUGGGGGAUCAAGCUGGUGAAGAUGAUGCAAAUAGUGGGGGAUCAAUGGAAACAGAGUAUAGGGGAUCAGAGUACUCUGCUCACGUUAGAGGCAACAUUGGUGAACAAGAUAAUGUCACCAAGUUUGACAAAUCCUUGCUUUAUGAUCCUAAGUGCGAUCAUAAAGCAUUGAAGUUUGUUCCUUGUAUGCGCUUUAAAUCCCCUGAGCAGUUUAAGGCAGCUGUAAUGAGGCAAUCCAUUGUGAUUGGUGCUGAUAUCAGAUGGGUAAGGAGCAGUGACUUUAGGAAGGAAGCUGUGUGUGCGCAAAGGGCAGAAUUCAAAUGUGGCUGGAGGGUAUAUGCAAGUUGGUUUCGUAAGAACGAAACAUUUAUGGUUAAAGGAGUUGGAACAGCUCACAGUUGCCCUCGUUCACUUCACAUUCGGGCAGCAGGUCAGAGGUGGAUAGCAGAAGAAUUUAUCGAGACAUUUAGGGCAAAUCAGGGUUGGGAUGUAGGCCUAAUAGCUGCUGAAAUUAAGCGGAAGUACAAUUUGGUUGUGACAAACCAAACCUGCUGA